CUUAGAGCUGCAGACGGAGCUGAGCGGAGCGCUGGAACUGUUUCACCCUGUCUGUUUAUACACGGCUUCACCGGAACACAUGAUAUAGCCUUAUACUCUUUUCUGUCAUUCAUUUUUUUUUAUCUAAUACCAUUUUAGCGCGAGCUUUCGUUUCAUUUCUGGAGAGAAACGGGAGCGAGUUGUGCUGAUAAUAAAGAGGAGAGAAGGAGUAAAAAGUGUGAAGUCAGAGGAAAAAGACUGGAGCGCAUUUGUGACAUUUGGACUGGAAGAGGAAAAGCACAAAAGGAGAAGAACAACAACAAAAGAAAAAAAAGUCUGACUUUAAAACCCUAAUCUUACUCGAACUGAUGACCAGAGUGGACUGCAGUCUCUCACUGAGCGGGACCCUCCUUAGCCCGAGUUGAAGGGAAAGUUACUCAGCCAGGCUGCUGUGUUCAGUGUAAUGAGAGGUAGAUGAGAGGCAGCCCGCCUGGUUCUCCAGUGUAGUAGUGAAAGGGAAGAGCAGCAUGUGCUGGUCUGUCUGACUCCAGAAAGAGCGAAGCGCGCGGCUCUGAUCCUGUUACUGAACACGGAGAUUCAGCACCACGAGACUUUCCACGCGGCUUUUACCCCAACAUGGAUUUACUUAGCAGACUGAGUGGAUGUUUACUUGUGUUGUGCUUAUCAUCUCUGGUUCGCGGAGACGAGGAGCCAUGUGGUGGACACCGUGACGCCAGCGAUGCAGGCUAUAUCACCACGCCAGGUUACCCUCAGGAGUACCCACCGCACCUGGACUGCCGCUGGGUUAUCACAGCCCCCGAACCAUCCCAGCGCAUCGUCCUCAACUUCAACCCCCACUUUGAGCUAGAGAAGCUUGACUGCAGAUACGACUUCAUCGAGAUCCGGGAUGGCAAUUCAGAUUCAGCCGAUCUGCUGGGGAAGCACUGCAGCAACAUCGCUCCAGCCGCAAUCAUCUCUUCCGGCCCUGUGCUCCUCAUCCGCUUUGUGUCUGACUACGCCCACCAGGGGGCAGGCUUCUCGCUGCGUUAUGAGAUUCAUAAGACAGGUUCAGACUGUUCCAGAAACUUCACCAGCCCAUCAGGUGUGAUUGAGUCACCAGGCUUCCCUGAUAAGUACCCUCAUAACCUGGAGUGCACCUUCAUCAUCAUCGUCCCUCCCCACAUGGAAGUCACCCUUACCUUCCUCACCUUCGACCUGGAGAAUGACCCUCUGCAGGGCUCUGAGGGAGAAUGCAAGUACGACUGGCUGGAGGUGUGGGAUGGCCUACCACAGGUUGGACCCCUCAUCGGCCGUCACUGUGGAACCAAGAUCCCUCCUGAACUCAAGUCAUCCACUGGCAUCCUGUCACUCACCUUCCAUACAGACAUGGCAGUGGCCAAAGACGGUUUCUCCGCCCGCUAUAAUAUGACAUUAAAGGAAGUUAGUGACAAUUUCCACUGCAGCAAUGCUUUUGGGAUGGAAUCAGGCCACAUCACAGAUGACCAGAUCACAGCCUCUUCCUCGUUCAGUGAUGGUCACUGGGCUCCGCGACAGGCUCGACUCAACUACAAUGAAAAUGCCUGGACGCCAGCUGAGGACAGCAGCAAAGAAUACAUACAGGUGGACCUUCACUUCCUGAAGGUUCUGACAGGCAUUGCCACACAGGGUGCCAUCUCUAAGGAGACGCACAAGUCAUACUUCGUCACUACCUUCAAGCUUGAGGUCAGCACCAACGGAGAGGACUGGAUGGUCUACCGCCACAUCAAGAACCACAAGGUUUUUCUUGCCAACACAGACCCGUCAGAGGUGGUGCUGAACCGUAUCCCUCAGCCUGUCCUCGCCCGCUUUGUCCGAAUUAGGCCCCAGACAUGGAAGAAUGGCAUUGCUCUGCGCUUUGAGCUCUAUGGCUGUCAGAUUACAGAUGCCCCAUGUUCAGAGAUGCAGGGCAUGCUCUCAGGCCUUCUGCCAGACUCCCAGAUUACGGCCUCCUCCAUGAGGGACAUCCACGGGUCCACAGGUGCGGCCCGUCUGGUAGCCAGCCGCUCUGGAUGGUUCCCCAGCCCCACGCAGCCUGUAGCUGGUGAAGAAUGGCUACAGGUGGACCUGGGUGUCCCCAAGACCGUGAGAGGCAUCAUCACACAGGGCGCUCGUGGAGUGGAUGGCAGCAACAGCGCCGAAAGUCGUGCCUUUGUUAGAAAGUACCGGCUAGCGCACAGCAUGAACGGCAAAGACUGGAGCUUCUUUCUGGAUCCCAAGACUGGCCUGCCCAAGAUUUUCGAAGGAAACACACACUAUGACACUCCAGAGAUCCGUCGCUUCGAUGAGGUUGUGACCCAGUUUAUCCGGGUGUAUCCAGAGAGGUGGUCACCUGCUGGCAUUGGAAUGAGGCUGGAGAUACUAGGCUGUGACUUGCCAGAAUCCACUACUAUUCCUGAUACUGCCACCCCAACUUUGCCGCAGCAGGAAGAGACCAGCACGGCUCACAGAGCAGCAGCACCCACCACUCUGUCCGAUCUGGGCGGUUUGUGUGAUUUUGAGCAGAAUAUGUGCGGCUGGACUCAUGAUCCUACAGCUGACCUGAACUGGGCACUACACAGUCCAUCCAGUUCAAAUAUGGACCUGCAACUGGGAGCUGAUGAUUAUGGCAGUUUCCUGUACUUGGAGGCGAAUCCUAAGACAGAACAUGAACGGGCCAGGCUGCUGAGCCCUCCGGUGGGGCCUGAGAGAGGCCCACUCUGCCUACUUUUCCUCUACCAGCUGACGGGUGAGGCUCAGGGCACACUGAGGGUUUUGAUCCAAGAUCACAACCAGGACGAGGCCCUGCUGUGGACACUGAAAGGAGAGCAGGGCCACAGCUGGAAAGAAGGACGCACCAUCCUACCUCGGUCACCCAAAGAGUACAAGGUUGUCAUCGAGGGCUUCUUCGAGCAUGGCAGCCGAGGCCACAUCUGGAUCGACAACAUCCACAUGAGCACCACGACAGAGCUGGAACAGUGCACUCAGCCUUUCCCGGCUUUCCCUCCAGAGAUGACUGGGGGAGCCCUACCUGGCAGGAGUGACCCCACUGUGGACACUACGGUGUCUCUGCAGCCCAUGCCCACCUACUGGUAUUACGUAAUAGCUGGAGGGGGGGCGCUCUUGCUGCUGGCCUCCGUGGCACUGGUCAUGGCGCUGUGCUGCCAUCGCUACCACCUGGCCGCCAAGAAGAGCCAGCACUCAGUGGCCUACCAGAGCACGCACUACCCGGGCAGUGGUUCGGCAGGGCCCGGGGUGGAGCCCAUGCUGACCAUUAGACUAGAAAAGCAUGAGCCAUGCUCGCAAUGCUGAGGAGAGAGAGAGAGAUGGAGAGGUGGAGGGGUCACUAAGGCUCUCUCGCUCUCUCUUUCUCUCUCUGCUGCUUUGUAUCUACUGACAGGCACAGAAACCCUGCCGAUGCUCGUGCGGUGCUCUUCAGGAGGGAUUUUUUUUUUUUUGGAGGAUCCCUUUGGAGGAUUGGGAGGCUUCUGCUGCAGGCGAAUGGAGACUUUUUGAAAGUGUUUAUUUGCUAAUCGAAUAGAGGGAAGGAAAAAAAAGAUGCGCUCAAGCAGCAGAGCCAUGGAUAUGCUUCCCUCUUGAACCCCUUUUGCACUGCAUUCGUAGUUUCAGCUUUGCCGUUUGCUUACCGGAAAGAAGAGACAAGCAUCCAGCCUCAAUCCUGAGUGACAGAAAGCCACCUCCGUGUCUCUAUGUGUGUGCGUGUGUCUCUCGAUGGGAACCUGACUCUGCAGGGUUCUAAUCCCCUGCUUGUGACCAAUCCUUUUGCCAAUGCAGGAGGAAGAGAGGCCGAGAACGGGGAGAAAAAAGAGACAGCAUAUGAAAGGAAUGAAAGAUACUGCUGUGUCACGUGGCAGCAUUUGCAUGUGGACUGCACAAUGCACACACACAUUUCUGAUGAGCUCAGUUUGUAGAGAGGUGCUUCUUGAAGCACAAAGCAAGAAGGAGCGUAAGUGGCAAAAUGAAAGACAAUGAAAGGGAUGCAUUCGGGCUAUGGCAAGCAUCAGUGUAACAAAUCCUUUGGUUUCUUGGAAGGAAUCUGUGUCUUUGUGUGCCUUGUUGGGGCAUGUGUGUGUGCGUGGCUGGCUGGGUGGUUGUAGUAAGUGUGUGUUUGUGUAAGGAUGGGGUUGGCACCCCAAACGUACAGCACUGACAGUGUUCCCUUUUUCCAUUGAGCCUGUUUCCUGCCUGAUGUCUUUAUCUAAGACCCUGUUUACACCUGGUCAUUUCAUGUGACUUGAAACUGGAUUGUAACCUGAUCAGAUUUUAACAUCAUGCAUUCACACCUGGUAUUCAAAUGACUCUUUGUUUAGUCAGAUUGACAUCUGAUUGCUGUACAGUUCUGCAUAUGGCAGAUAUUCUUUUCCAAAGAGAAGGAAGGAACCAAAUCCCAGUCUGCAGCAUUAAAUGGCACUACACUAACCACUGCAUGGUGCAUAAUAUGCAAAUCAGCUCAUAUACAGUCAUAUGCAAAAUUUGGGCAACCCUGUACAUUUGUUGAUUUUGGGAAAAUAAUUUAACACAUGCUCUACAGAGAACACACAUCUGCUCAUAUUAAUACACAAUUAAUGGUUAUUACAAUUACAAUUACUGUGUUGCUGAAUUGAAUAAAACUGAAUUGAAUAUUCAGUUUUGUAUAUUUAUUUGAAUAUUCAGAAUAUUCAGAAUUGAAUAUUUAAGUAUAUAUAUAACUAGAAUAACUAGCUUCAUGUGUUAGUCACUGUGGUCAUGGACCAUAAGCAAUCAGGAAUGUUGCUUGUUAAGUUGUGCCAGUAGAGUGGCUGGUUUUUCCCAUAUAUGCUGAACUGCUGAGGGAGGCGCAGUCACACUACAGGGCAAGGUUAUGGAUACCAUAUAUGGGUUGGAGAGACGAAUGCAUUUAAACUUGAAUAUCUAGAUUUUAAAAAUGCACCUCGUAAAUUUAGUGAUUGAAUUUAGAUAUGUUUUAAAAGCAUCCCAUUUUUAUGUGGAUCAUCUCUAUCCAGAUAGAAUCCUGAUAUUCAAGAUGCAUGAAAUAAUCAGGUGUAAACGAGUCUACAAAGGAUGAUAUAGAAAUGUCUGUGUAAAUUGGAAAUUUUAGAUUCUAUAUAAAUUCACUUGGUAUAUGUACUCUCUGAAGAGGGUUGAUUUUUUUUUUUUCUUUUCUUUCAUCUAUAUGCAAAAGUCAUGUGACCCUGCCUUAGCCAGUCUACACCUUUGAGAAGCCCACUAUCUUUCAGUCACGUCAUUAGCCUUAAACAUACAAGUGGCACAGGGCUGCUCGAUGCCAGUCACUAUAGAGCCUCACUUUUUCAGUAAUGAACUUUACUAAAUGUACUUGUCUCUUUAUAUGCUGCUUAUUUUCUGUAAUAUUUUUAUAUACAACUUGAGUUGUCAUGGUCGCUAAACUGAAAGGCUGAAUGAAAUGACAUUCACAUGCAAAUGACUGAUGCACUGAUUGUUUGACUUAUUUGGAAAGCCAGUGAUAACAUUUCUUUUAGUUUCUUUUGCUGGUUUACCUGCUAUUGGCGGUGUUUUUUUUUCUAUUCUUGGUUUUCAGCAGGAGCAUCGAGUGGAACUCGAGCAGGGAAUGUGCAGCUUUGCUGCACUCAUAUUGCAUAUCAGUCUUGAUGUUUGAUCAUGUGCGUACUGUAAAACGUACAUUCUGAAGCAUCUGGUAGCUAUACACUGUAAGUUUGCAAUCAUUCAAACAUGAUUCAGCAUAAUUCAGUUGCUGAGAUGUAAACAAAGUCACUCAGAUACUUUUGAUAUGAAAUAGGGGAUGAUAGAGAAAUUUAUUGACUCAGUGGUGGUGAUGAGAACCAGGGCUCACAAUAUCUACAAGGCAAAUAUAGCCAUUUUACUUAUUUAUUAUGCACAACAGUUUUCAGUGUAAUUUUAAUAAUGGUAAUAUAUUAAUAAUGUGUUUUUUUUUGCCUGCAUGUACCUCUCCAUCAUGAAUGAAUUUUAUAUAAUACAUACACUCAUAACCAUCUCAUGUAAUAAUUUUGAGGAGGGAGCCUUUAGAGGCAUUAAACUCUUCAGACGUUUGGUUCUUAUCACCACCACUGUGAACAAUUCUGACAUCUUAAAUUCCUCCUGAAUUGCACAUUUCACAUCAAACCACUCUAAAUGACUUUGAUAGUAUCUUAAUGAUUUAAUUAUGCAGACAUUAUUACAAAUCUGUAGAAUUCCCCUUUAAUACUCCCAACAAAUUUCAGUACAACAUUGAACCGUCAGUGAUGGCCUAAGGAUCAUUAUCCAAGAAUGUACUGAUCUCAUGUCUAGAGCAAAUCAUAAGGCUUUCAAAAUAUAUAGAACAAACAGAUAAAGCAGCCAAGAUACACAGCCUAGAGGGAGAUUCAUGGACAUUCCACCCAAAACCUCUCCAUAAACAUAUUGUUCCUCUUUAGCCAUAAAGAGUUUGAGGCGCCAUCCGUCAUUAAAAAAAAGAAGAAGCCUGUCAGGCAGCCGCUUCAGGUUUUGGCACCAUCCAAAGCGUUCUGGGAUUAAAGGAGAAAGCAAAUCCCACUAUCUUGUUAUGUCCUCCAUCUGGCAAUAGGUGAAAAUAAUCCUCCAUCAUGGAGACGCUGGCCAUUUUCGCCCCAUUAAUCUGCUCUUCACAAAAGAAUGUGUGGAGAGAUGGAAGGAGAGAUCAAAGCAAGAGGCCACUCUAAAGAUAGGCCCGCUCCGGUUCGGCCCAGAGUCUGAAGGGGUUUGUUUAAGAACACAAAAGCACAUGAAAGCCCCUCGCAGGCAGCCAGAGAAAGCACCUGACCUGGCAGACCCGUGACGAAGCCAAGAUAGAGAGGAGUAUUCUCUUUCUCGGCUUUCUCACUCUUUCUCUCUAUCUUUCAUUUUCUCCCAUCUCUUUCUCUUCUCUAAUCCCUGCAUACAGUACAUCCUUGUUAACUGAAUUAAAACCACAGUAAUGAAGCCAGGCCGCCUGUCUUGCUUGCUACAGGCUGUCAUUAGGGCUAUUGUUUAAGACAUUUGGGUAGGUUUAAAGUUGAAAUUACAAUGACAUUUUUCUGUGAGAGGAGCACUAAAGCUAGCUGAGAGCCUUCAUCUCUCUCUCUCUCUCUCUCUCUCUGCUCUCUGCUCUCCACUUCCUCAUUUUCUCUUAUCUUGUUAAUCCCUAACUCUGAAAAAAUGGCAUCAGACAUACUAAGUUAUAUACAUUAUAGUAUUUCUUGUGUAAUAAUGUUGCUGAUGCUUUUUAAUAUACUCGCUUAGGUUCUAGGUACUAACAGGGUGAGGUACAAGUGUGAGGUACAAACUCCAAAGUAGUAGGUAAUUAUUUUCAGUAAAAUGAUGGUAAGUGCCAAAGCAUUCAAACUGAAUUACACUGAAAUACCUGACAGGUUCUAGGUAUUAGCUGGGUAGUUAAAAUCUCCAAAGUACUCAAUCAUUAUUUGGAUUAAAAUGAUAGUAGAUUAGCCAGUCUAACUGAAUUACACUGAAAUGCCACAUACUUGCUGUUAUGUUACUCAAAACAUUUAUUUAGUAUUUUGAGUUUUUGGAGUUUGAGUUUGGACCUCAUACUAAGUUGGUUAAUAGAACUUAAGAGACUGUUAAAAAUGUGUUACCAUCAUUUUACUGUCAAAUUAGUUUGUCCAGAUAGAUCCAUCCUUCCAUUUCCUUCUGUUCCUUCUCAUUUCAGCCUCCACCAGCUCACAGGCCUGUAUGAUUAAUUUAUAAACCAACAUUAGGGUAUUUAACCCAGACCACCCAAUCUUAAUUCACUUAAAGUUUUUGAUUUUCCAGCAGGAAUAUCAGCUUUUCGUUGUGUUUUAUUUAUGAUCUCCUUCUGAAGCAUUUUUUUUCUUUGAAACUGAUAUGUUAGCAAUAAACUCAAUCCGGCUGUCAUGAUGUGCUUUUAAAUCAGCUGUAGCUGCCUCCUGUGAGAUUUCUUUGAAGCUCUUAAUAUUUCUAAUUACAUAAUGGGUCUGAUUACAUUUUAUUAAGCCUGCCGUAAGCAUUCUUUCUUUCCUUUUGCUGUCCCUUAAAUAAUAUUAAUGAGCAAAAGCACUUAGGAGGGCUCUUCAGCCCACAUAGUGGCCUCGCAGUGCCAAGAGUCUGUCUCUGGUAGCGCCAGCACCCAAAAAAAGAAAAAAAAAUCAUAGCUUAUGCUCUCAGUCCUAGGACACUGAGGCAAAGAUCUGAAGUGUUGCUUUAGAGAAAUAUAAUUUGCUUUCUGAAUAUUUUUUGGGUCUUUUUUUUCUAAUAUGGACAACAGGUUUAGAAAUCCCAUUACAGGAAUUCAAACCAAACAUUUUAGUGUAGUGCUAGGAGUUUACUUUGGUUCAGUCAUGUUUACUGAACAUGAGUUGGUAAUGUAUUUUGUUUUCUGCUGCGAAUCCAUGGUUUUGGUGAAGGCUCUGGAAAGUUUCUGACUGUGUUCCCCCUGUGUCCUCUUUUCAUGUACAUUGGGCCUUGACUGUGAUUGUCUGUUUAUGUGCCAUUUCUCAUACUGCACUUCAGCCUGUUUUAAAAGAUUUGAGGAAUAUUUUAGCCUGUUGAAUUUCAUGGUCUUGGAAAAUGUUGUGCGGAAUGUAAUAAUAAAGUGAUAUUUUUCUACAAA